GUUUGUCCCCUGUCCUUGGAUGUUCUUUCAGGGACGUUGACCCUGAUAACUCAUUGAUAGGUGAUGAGAGCUCUCCCCCUCCACCGGGGAGGAGUCUGCGAGCCUUUAACACAGGAGUUGCCAACAAACCUUUAAACUGGUCUGGUACUUCUGGCACUGGACAACUAGAGACCCCCGACUCUAUCCUGUGAGUGGAGAUUUGCGCUUAAUAAACAAUAUUGCUUUUGUGUUGCACGUGGGUAAAUUUGAGUGUCAGUCUGAGAUCAGGCUAUGGAUGAGUGGUUCCUGCACAGAUAGAUACUGUAUCUUCAAUACUCUUAUUACUAUUCUUGCAGAGCCUUUAUUAGCAGAUACCGUCAUUUAUAGACACAGAUGGGGCAACUUGCCAAGGGCUAGACAAAGAUCGAAGUCGGUCGUAGUUCUCAACAAUUUAACUUAAUCUGAGAAUAACCCAAUCAGAUGCCUUUAGUAAUCUGUUGAACUUGAUAUUUUAGGUGUAGUUGUAAAAUGGUUGUUUCUUUUUUGGGAUAUAUAGAAUCUUUACAAUCAAUGCUACGCUUUUUAUAUACAAAAAGAGAUUCAUAUGGGUAACUUUGGGGGGACGGGGCCUGAAUUCAACAGGAUGAAGCACCAACAAACUAAAAUAUAUAUGUAUUUAUUUAUAUAGAAAGUUAAAGUGUUCCUUUAAAUAUUUUUAGCUCUAAUUUAACAUUAACUUUAUUUACUGAGUGGGUGUGAGAAGAUUAUUUUAAUGCAAUUGAGGAUAUUUUACAUUUCCUUUGUGAUAAACAGUAAAGGUUAGGCUGUGUGCUUUGUUAAAAUGCCAUCUAUUUUAAUAAGAGAUUUAUAUAAAAUAUGCAUAACGCAGGGCAGUAAUGAGUUUAUUUGGAGCCCUGCACUAUGUAUUUUCUAUAAGAGAUGACUGUGAGAUCUCUGGAGAAGGAAUCCUUAUAAUGUGCGGUCAGAUUCACUUCCCUUUCAUAGAAGUAAAAUAAAUGAAACAUUGCCCAAUCUAGCCAGCCACACUAAGCUAACUCACACCGAACAAUCUCAUGUUAUGUAUAAGCAUGAUUAACGUUUUCUUAAAAAACUCUAAAAUGUGCAUGUAUUCUUGAUUACCAUUGAUUAUACCAAGCGAUGAUAUCCAGCGAGGGGAAUGCCGUUGGGUUACCCCAAGCCUGUUGUUAUAAUUCUCUGCACAGCAAAAAUAAAAUGAAAAAAAUUUUUUUUUUUAAAUGAAAGAACAUUUUAUCUCUCGUAAAGCUAUUUGGAGUGAAUUGUGUACCUAGACAACAUUUCAAUCUACACCCGCAAGAUUUAGUCACAUGUGAUUGUCACAAUGAAACUCCGGUGGGUUCUUGGCCAUCAAUUAUGGGGUAUUGGCCAGAGAAUUACAAAUUUUUCAUCAAAUUAAAAUAGAAGAAUUGGAGGGGGUGGGGGGCACUCUUGCAUGAGGAUGAUAGCUUUAUAUUGACCCAAUUAUUGUAAAAUAACCUAUAGUUGUGUUUAGCAGUUUGUGUUUUGUAGGUUUAUACUCUGUCAUAGUUGCCUGUUCUCUAGUUGUGUAACUGCUGCCCACUUCCAAAUCAUAGACCGACCCAAAGUUAUAUCUGUGCAUCUAAAAACUUUUAUUGUACUCAUUAACCCUAAAUAUAUACACGGUAUUAAUGUUACUCAUUAACCCUAUAUUUAUACGCGGUAUUAAUGUUACUCAUUAACCCUAUAUUUAUACACGGUAUUAACCCUAUAUUUAUACGCGGCAUUAAUGUUACUCAUUAGCCCUAUAUUCAUACGCGGCAUUAAUGUUACUCAUUAACCCUAUAUUUAUACGCGGUAUUAAUGUUACUCAUUAACCCUAUAUUUAUACACAGUAUUAACCCUAUAUUUAUACGCGGCAUUAAUGUUACUCAUUAGCCCUAUAUUCAUACGCGGCAUUAAUGUUACUCAUUAACCCUAUAUUUAUACGCGGCAUUAAUGUUACUCAUUAACCCUAUAUUUAUACGCGGUAUUAAUGUUACUCAUUAACCCUAUAUUUAUACACAGUAUUAACCCUAUAUUUAUACGCGGCAUUAAUGUUACUCAUUAGCCCUAUAUUCAUACGCGGCAUUAAUGUUACUCAUUAACCCUAUAUUUAUACGCGGCAUUAAUGUUACUCAUUAACCCUAUAUUUAUACGCGGUAUUAAUGUUACUCAUUAACCCUAUAUUUAUACACAGUAUUAACCCUAUAUUUAUACGCGGCAUUAAUGUUACUCAUUAGCCCUAUAUUCAUACGCGGCAUUAAUGUUACUCAUUAACCCUAUAUUCAUACGCGGUAUUAAUGUUACUCAAUAACCCUAUAUUUAUACACAGUAUUAAUGUUACUCAUUAACCCUAUAUUUAUACGCGGUAUUAAUGUUACUCAUUAACCCUAUAUUUAUACGCCGUAUUAAUGUUACUCAUUAACCCUAUAUUUAUACGCCGUAUUAAUGUUACUCAUUAGCCCUAUAUUUAUACGCGGUAUUAAUGUUACUCAUUAACCCUAUAUUUAUACGCGGUAUUAAUGUUACUCAUUAACCCUAUAUUUAUACGCGGCAUUAUAGUUACUCAUUAACCCUAUAUUUAUACGCCGUAUUAAUGUUACUCAUUAACCCUAUAUUUAUACGCUGUAUUAAUGUUACUCAUUAACCCUAUAUUUAUACGCGGUAUUGAUAUUACUCAUUAACCCUAUAUUUACACAUGGUAUUAAUGUUACUCAUUAACCCUGUGUUUUCACUUGUUUACACAUGGUAUUAAUGCUACUUAUGAGUUUUUUUGAGUAAUGUAGAGAGAACAAAAAUUAUAAUGAAAAUUAUAACAUUUGUAAUAAAAAAAUUCAAAUACAUAUAUAAAUAUAUAUAUAUUCAUAUAUAUAUAUAUAUAUAUAUGUUUAUCAAAUGGCAAAAGUAUUUUGAAAGUGAAAUAUUUAAUUUGCCAAUAUUGGCCUACAAUUACCAUUUUAGUGAAUAAGCCCCCUAUUCCCUGUAUCGUGUUUCCCACGUUCUCCAUGUCUGUAUAGACAGAAGACCAGGCACUCAGAGGGGGCUUAUAGGGUACCUUUAAUCUAUGUGGACAUGUGAAAUAAACAUGUAUCUAUUUACCAGGUUGUUAAUAUUCGAAGAAAGUGAAGAUGUUCAAUCUGUGUCCCAUAUUGUAAAAAUAUGUCUAACCUGACAUUGCUAUCUACCUCUGUGCUUCCUUUUCUAGGCUGCUAGUGGCGCUCUGUGAUGAAGCUUCAAGCUUUAGUUCUGAGCACCCUGUUGGGGCUGCUAGUGACCCAGACAUCGUCACUGCCGAUUACACCUUUCAUCUGUUCUCCCGCCCCCGUCUGGAGCAUCGGGGAUGAAGUACCCAUGAAUAAAACACUUGGUCAAGUGACGGUCGUGGCCCUUCUUCAAGCCAGCUGCAGCUUUUGCCUGGUGCAGGCAGCCAAGUUAGUAAACCGGGGGCUUAUUUACUUAAAAGGACCCUAAACAAAUAGAAAAAAAAAUUAAAAAUCCCUGUUUGUCUCCCCUGAGCUAAACAAACCAGGAAGUAACAUGAUCAGUUGUCUGAUUGACAGCCAGAGGGGUGUAACCAGGUUAAUUUAUAAAAGUGCCAAUUUCUAUUAAAAUGUGCACUUAUUGUAAAAUAAAAAAAGAGGACACCCUCUUUACAUAUAAUGCAUUUUGUCACAUUAAACUGCUUUAGGGGUCAGGAGUGUCCCUUUAAUAUAUUCCUUGGGCCUUGAAGGUAUUAUUUAUAUUAUUUGAAUGUGCAGGUCCUCCAAUAAACCUUUUGUCUGUUUUUUUUCUGUCUUCCUGUAGCAUGGGUCCCCUGAGUGCGAAUCUGACCAGACAGGGCCUGGACAAUGUCAGCUACAUAAUAGUGAAUGACCAGAGCGCGUAUUCACAGCACUUGUUUCCUCUCCUGCGGAGCAGAGCCCCAGCUCACAUCCCCGUGUACCAACAAACCCUCGAACAGGAGGAUGUCUGGGAAAUCCUCAAUGGGGACAAAGAUGACUUUCUGGUCUAUGACCGGUAGGUGGCAGUAGACUAAUGUUUUCAGAUCACAGAAUAGCAGCUCGGCUCUAUAUAUUUUAUACAUAAUUUAUUUGCCUGCAUGAUAUAAAUAUAAAUGAUGUACAUAUAUUCAUGCAAACUGGAUUGCUAUUUCCAAAGCUACAUAUUUUUUCCAUCAUGUAUGUAAAAAGGAUGUAAAACAUGAUUUGCUUGAAUUUCUCUAAUGUUUUCAGUUUUUCAUAGCAAUCUAAUUUUCAUGAAAAUACUAAAUAUCUGCUUGUUGCGUUGGAAUUUUAAUUCAAAACUUAUCUGUAAGGCAAGUUGUCUAUGUAUGUCUACAGAAAGGACAACUCAUUUCAUAACGCAGACAUUCAAAGUCUGUAAUCCAAAAAUUAUUAUUAUUAUCCAAAAAUCAUAAACAGAAAAACGUUUAGAGUAACAUUACAAUUACAUUGUAAGUUUUGUAUCUUAUUUUUACAAAAGUUAAAGGGUUAUUCCAAGCACCAUGACCACCAUGGCCACUGUUAAACCGUUUGCCACAUUCUCGGGGAAGGUCUAAGGCUACUCCCUUUAAUAUACUCUUGCAGGCUGAGUGCAGUAAAAUUAAUAUUUAUCUGAGCAGAAAUACUGCCCUCCUUGUAACCUGACAUCUCAUCAGCUUUGGGGACGUGCCGGGUAGCGUCAGUGCACCAGCCAAUCAGCAGUGAGCAGGUGGCGACCCUGACUGCUUCUUACACGAGACGCUCUAUUUUUUUUUUUUCAUAUCAGAUGAUUAUUUAGGGCUUCCUGGGCAGUUCUAUAUAAAAACAUCGCCCAGCGGCAGUCUAUAUUCUAAAACAUGGCAGCAACCUGCUCAUUGCUUAGGCACAAAUAUAUUCGGGGCCAGUACAAACCUUUAUCUGGAAAUCUAUUCAUAAACAGGGUUAUACAUAGGACACGAGGUCACACAUUUAGUAUGGAAGAAAGGAGAUUUCAUCUAAGGCAAAGAAAAGUUGUUUUUUUUUUACAGUAAGAGCAAUAAGGAUAUGGAAUUCUUUGCCUGAAGAGGUGGUUUUGUCAGAGUCCAUACAGAUAUUUAAACUGCAGUUGGAUAAAUACUUGCAAAAACAUAACCUACAGGGAUAUAAUUUCUAAUUAGUGGGGUAAUAGCUGCUUGAUCCAAGGAGACAUCUGACUGCUAUUUUGGGGUCAAGAAGGAAUUUUUUCCUAGUUUGUUUCAAAAUUGGAAGCGCUUCAGACCAGGUUUUUUGCCUUCUUUUGGAUCAACAGCAACAACAUUUGUGAGGAAGGCUGAACUUGAUGGACACAAGUCUCUUUUCAGCUAUGUAACUAUGUAACUAUGUAACAAGUAGGUUCCUUUCCAUUGCUGUGUUUGGCUAUCUUAUGUUUACUGAAUAUUUCAACAAGAUGACAAACAGUGAGAACAGGAAUAGCAGGCAAGUUGGCAAUACCCACAACUGUGACAGAUCCUUAUACUGGCUGGUUUAUAUUUAAAUAAAUGCAUAAUAUCUAAUGUGCCACAUUCAUUUGGCCGAGUAGAACAAAUCACUGUAAGUUGGUGGCUCACCAGUUAAUCAGCAAAAUACUUUGCUCUAUGUCGUGUUUUGAUUUGCAGUUUAGAUGGGACUUUCACAAGUAUUCACUAUAGUAUGACUUAUAGUAACUUUGAAAGUGAGAUUCACAUUUUAUUCCAAAAAAAAUAAGCAGAAAUUUCGGCUUUGUUUUAAUCUUGGCUAUUUUUGCCUUAUAUUUGACAUUCAUGUUACAGUCCCAAUAAUUCACACUUUACCGAAUAACUCUGUAGAAACUCCUAUCUGAACAUGAAAAUCCGUAAAUAAAAAGUAUUGAGUUAUUUUUUUCCAUUGAAAUAAUUUACACAUGCUGUGUUAUAAACCCCCUAUUCACAUGUUUGGGUGCUGAAUGGACUGAUAAAUAGCAAAAUUCAGUCUGAAAUGGACGAACUCUGGCUAUAUAACGGAGAUGGAGAAUAUAUUAAUUUUCCCUAUUUUGGCCUAAAUAUUGCGAUUUGGUUUUUGGUAAAUAAAUAUACUUCUCGUCUUGCCCAUUGUAAUGCCUUACACACUGCUGCCCCCUGCUGUCCAUUCUGGUGCAAUACACUGUGUUUUGUAAAUGUUAUUUUAUUAUUUAGUAAUACAAUGUGAGGUCUCUUUCUAUGUUUUUACCUCCUAGGUGCGGUCGCCUCGUUUUCCAUUUGCGUCUUCCGUAUAGCUAUCUCCAUUACUCCUUUGUAGAGGUUGCUAUUCGUACCACUUACUACAAAGACCUUUGUGGAAACUGCAGCUUCUACUCCGACGUCACUGCGCAGGUAAAUGCUUGAAUGCUGGGUUACCUUAAUUCACAAUCCUAUAGACACAACAUUAACACAGCCGGCCCAAUAUCAUGUAGGUCCUUCUCGUGCUGCAAAACAGCUCUGAUGCAUUGAGGCAUGGACUCCACAAGACCUCUGAAUGUGUCCUGUGGUAUCCGACACCAAGACAUUAGCAGCAGAUCCUGCAAGUUGCGAGGUGGGGCAUCCGUGGAUUGGAUUUGUUGUUCCAGCACAUCCCACAGAUGCUCAGUUGGCUUGAGAUCUGGGGAAUUUGGAGACCAAGGCAACACCUUGAACUCUUUGUCAUGUUCCUCAACCCAUUCCUGAACAGUUUUGCAGUGUGUCAGGGUGCAUUAUCGUGCUGAAAGAGGCCACUGCCAUCAGGGAACACCAUUGCCAUGAACGUGUGUACGCGGUCUGUAGAACUAAUGUAGAGAGGGCCUCUUCUAGCGUAACCAUGGCCAAAAGGCAGAUCCCCAUCUGUCAUACAACUCCCAAAUAUGCUUUGCCAGCUGGUGUUUUACGAUGUCCCCAUUCUUGCAGAGCUGUAUAUGUGCAGUAUUUGUGUUUGAAUGUACGCAUGUUAUGUGUGUUUGAAUGAAUGUUUAUGUUUGUGUGUGGUGUUUGUGUUUGUAUGUAUUGUUGCUAUCUGAAAGCAGAGCUGUAUUUGUGUGAAAUGUUUGUGUUUAAAUGUGUUUGCAUGCAGAGUUGGCAUUUGAAUGCUGGGAUGUACGCACAUACACACUGAAACACACUGACACAUACAUACACAUACACAUUCACAGAUAUACACACAUUGACAUAGGAACACAGAGAUCACUAUUUACAUAUUUUAGCCAUCCCCUUUGCUUCCAUUUCUUUUUGGUGCAGGGAGGUAGCUUUCCUAGUUUCCAGUGACUUAUGGCUGAGUCUGAUGGGAGUCUGGCUCUCUCUCUUCUCUGGUCCUUGUCUUCCUACUCUUUAUUGUCAUCCCCUCUCUCCCUUUCCCGCGCACCUCAUUGCUAAGCUGGGAGGAAGUGAUUUGUACUCACUUCCUCUCAGCACCACGGCUUUACGCACUGUUAACAGGCCAUGGCAGCUGACCAGGCCCUUGAUGAAAGAUGGUCAUCAGAUAAUGGCCAAUAGGUUUGCGGCCCCCCGUGCAGCUGCCCCUGCUGUAGUUCCGCCACUGGUGGUCUGCAGCGAUCUCUAGGUAUGUGUUACAUUUCAAGGUAACAUCCACAUGAAUGCCAAUACCCAAGGUUCCUAGCAGAACAUUGCCCAGUGGCUCAGCAGGCCUGCCUUCUUCCCAUAGCGCAUCCUGCUGUCAUCUCUUCUCCAGGUAAACGACGCACACACCAAGCCAUCUACUUGAUCUAAAAGAAAAUAUGAUUCAUUAGACCAAGCAACCUUCUUCCAUUGCCCAAUAGUCCAACUCUGAUGUUCUUGUCCCCAUUGAAGGCGCGUUUGGCAGUGGACAGGGGUCAUCAUGGCCAAACUGUGAUAUACUGAGUGUUAUCAUGGUCAGCAUUAAGGUUUUCAGCAAUUUGAGCUACAUUAGCUCUUCUGUGGGAUCAAACCAAAUGAGAAAGCUUUUAUUCCAGUGCAGUCUUAACAGACUGAAAAAACACACAGAGACUGCUGAAUACACCCAAACUGCAGCGAGGGGUGCAGUGUAUGGGUGCUGUGUGUGUGUGUAGGGGUGCAGUAUGUAAAGGGUGCUCUGUGUGUGCAUGUGAGGGGUGCUGUGUGUGUGCCUGUGGGGGUUCUGUGCGUGUGUGUGUGAGAGGUUGCUGUGUGUGAGGGUGCUGUGUAUGAGGGGUGCUGUGUGUGUAUGUAAGGAGUGCAGAGUAUGAGUGGUGCUAUGUGUGAGGGGUGUUGUGUGUGUGUGUGAGUGCUGUGCGUGGGUGUCAGGUAUAGCAUAGCAUGUAAUUUAUCGCCGGAACCCACUUCCGGGUUCACGGCGCUCAGCCCCGCCCCUUUCUCUGACGCGGCCCCUCCACGAUACUUAGGAGGACCGCGCCAGAUUCAAAGGGCUGAAUUAUUCGCACAGGUGCUGCAUGAAGAUCAGCUGCUCUACUUCUGAUCCUAACUGCUCCACUUCUAUACCUCGGCUAGUAAACGGAUUUCUACCUUCUCCACUUCUCGACCUCGGCUUAUAAACGGAUUUCUACCUUCUCCACUUCUCGACCUCGGCUUGUAAACGGAUUUCUACCUUCUCCACUCCUAGACCUCGGCUUGUAACUCUGAAUUCUACCUUCUCCACUCCCAGACCUCGGCUUGUUAAAACGGACUUCCCCACUCUCCACUCCUAGUUCUCAGCUUGUUGAAACGGACUUCUAAUUUCUCCUUCAUUGGGUGAAUUAACCCUUCCAGUGCCAGAACUACCUUUAAGUUAAGUAAUACUUUUACCAAACAAGUCAAUUACUAUUAUUUUUAUUACACAGUAUCUAAAACUCACUAAAGUGUCACUUUGUCUAAUUAUUCCUCUUACUCAUAAGGGAUUGCUACAAAGCCUAAUUUUACCUACAUGGAUAUUUAAAGGUACAGUGACCAUAGUUUCAUACAAAUAUAAAAGGAGGUGAACCUUAUUGUUGUUGCAACCAAGAAAUGCUGCAGUUGAGUUCCAGUUAAAGAAAUAUUACAAAAUAAGUAUUACAGAAUAAUUCAGCCUCUUCAAUGGAACCAGCAGAUAUUAACUCUCAAGUUUCUGCCCUAACCAAUAGAGUGGAUACGAUUGCUCAAGGGUUACAGGAACUGCAAAUUACAAAUGAGAGAAUAUUAACCUAUGUUAGAGACAUUCAAGGUCAUCUUCCUCAUGCCGCUCUUCAAUCGGCUGGUGAUCCUGCUGUCUGUAAUCCAGAAAAAUUUCAUGGAGAUAGAACAAAGUACAGAGAGUUUUUGAAUUCUUGCAAACUACUAAUUGCUUUAAAACCUAGAUCUUAUCCCACCGAAAGAUCCAAAGUCUGUUCAGUGAUCUCUUUUUUAAGAGGUGAACCUAUGGCAUGGGCCCAUUCCUUUUUGGAAAAUGAUGAUCCCAUAUUGGAUUCAUUGGAUGAGUUCUUUGAAGCUAUGUCUUUAUUAUAUGAAGAUCCUUUUAAACAAACUACUGCUGAUUUAACCAUCAGAACAUUACACCAAAAGAAUAGACCUGUUGAAGAUUAUAUUGCAGAAUUCAAAAGAUGGGCUACAGAAACCCAAUGGAAUGACAUUACUUUACGCAAUCAAUUCCGUCUCGGAUUAUCUGAAGCUGUGAAAGAUGAACUCUCUCGUACAGAACUUCCUCCUACCUUAAAUGCAUUGAUUCAACUGUCUAUCAGUAUUGAUAGACGUCUAAGAGAAAGAAAAGCUGAAAGGGUUCUUACUAAUUAUACCUGGAGAAAACCUUUCACUACUCUAAAACUACCUGAAAAAAUUCCUCCACAAACUGAACCUAUGGAAGUAGGUAUAAUAAAAAGUCCUCUUACUUCUGAAGAAAGAAUAAGAAGGAGACAACUAAACUUAUGUAUGUAUUGUGCUUCGAAUGAACAUCUAAUUUCCGAAUGUCCUCUACUGAAACAUUCAAAAGGUGGUAAGCUUCAUUCAUCUACCUCUAUAUUGAACGUUUUUCAAAAAAGAAAAGCAUCUACUUAUUUUUCUAUAUCUCUCAUAUUACAGUGGGAUACAAAAAGAAUCGUGACUGAGGCCAUCAUUGAUUCUGGUGCUAAUGGAACUUUUCUUGAUUUUUCUUUUGUUUCAAAAAAUAAAAUUCCUUGUGUUCAAAAAACCAAUUUUAUUCCAAUCAGAGUUAUUGACGGUUCAUUUAUAUCCUCAGGACCCAUCAAAGAUGAAACAAUCCCUCUAAGAAUGAUUACCAACAACGUACAUUUCGAAUUCAUUACAUUUGAUAUUAUUAAAUCUCCACUUUAUCCCGUCAUUCUAGGAAUUAAUUGGUUAAAAAACCAUGAUCCUUUAAUUAAGUGGUCUCCCUUCUCCAUCUCCUUUGCUUCUGAUUUCUGUAAAAAAACGUGCUUACAACACAUUCCUAUUCUCCAAACUACUGUAGAACCAGUUAUACCUCCAUUCUACUCCGAUUUUGCAGAUGUCUUUUGUAAAAAAGAAGCGGAAACACUUCCUCCUCAUCGGCUAUAUGAUUGCCCAAUAGAUCUCAUACCCGGAGCUCCUAUUCCUUAUGGUCAUAUUUAUCCACUCUCUGAAAAGGAGUUAGAAAUUUUAAAAGAAUAUCUUAAUGAAAAUUUACGCAAAGGGUUCAUCAGACCCUCGACCUCUCCUGCUGCUUCUAGUAUUUUCUUUGUGAAGAAUAAAGACCAAACCAUCCGUCCUAUUAUAGAUUACAGAGCCUUAAAUAAAAUAACUAUUAAAAAUCGUUAUCCUCUUCCACUAAUAAAUGAAUUAAUUGAAAGGUUAAGAACUGCAACUAUAUUCACUAAACUCGACCUUCGAGGCGCAUAUAACCUCAUUAGAAUAAAACAGGAUGAUGAAUGGAAAACCGCCUUCCGGACAAGAUAUGGUCUCUACGAAUAUCUAGUGAUGCCUUUCGGGCUCUGUAAUGCCCCUGCAACGUUUCAACAUUUUAUCAAUGAUAUCUUUAGAGAUCUUCUGGAUGUAUGUGUUAUUAUCUACUUAGAUGAUAUCUUAAUAUAUUCUAACAAUUUGGAUGAACAUAGGAAACAUGUUAGAUGGGUUCUAUCUAGACUGAGAACUCAUAAAUUAUACGCUAAACCAGAAAAAUGCCUUUUUGAGGUUACUGAAUUCUCUUUUCUAGGAUACAUUAUUUCACCUCAUUCUUUGAAGAUGGAUAAUUCCAAAAUCAAAUGUAUUAUUGAUUGGCCUGCUCCUACUACUACAAAAGAAUUACAACGUUUUCUUGGAUUUGCAAACUUCUAUAGAAAAUUUAUUAGAAACUAUUCGGAUGUAUCACAUCCUCUUAACCUCCUCAACAGUAGUAAACGUCCUUUUAAUUGGAAUAAAGAUGCUCAAACAGCCUUCGACGAAUUAAAAAAAAGAUUUACAACUGCACCUAUUCUACAACUACCUAAUCCAACAUUCCUAUAUGUUCUUGAAGUUGAUGCAUCAGAUGCAGCCAUCGGAGCAGUUCUUUCUCAACAAAAGACUCCACAAGAUCCACUUCAUCCAGUUGCCUUUUUUUCAAGAUCCUUGAGCUCUGCUGAAAAAAAUUAUCCUAUUGGUGAAAAAGAAUUAUUAAGUGUUAAAGCUGCCUUCGAAAAUUGGCGUCAUCUUCUGGAAGAUACAAAACAACCUAUAAUAGUUUAUACUGACCAUAAAAAUCUUGAAUAUCUCUAUACUAACAAAACCCUUACAGCUAGACAAGUUAGAUGGAACCUAUUCUUUAACCGAUUUAACUUCCAAUUAAUAUACAGACCUGGAAAUAGAAAUAAAAAGGCUGACGCUCUUUCUCGAAUUCCUUCUAAAACUACUACUGAUGAUUAUCCUUCUACCAAAAUAAUAGGAAUCCUCUCUUCUCUUCAUGAUGACAUAAAGAAUUUGAAUCAGAAGGAUCUUGAACUUCCCAAAACACCUAUACUAACAAAAAAGGAUGGUCUAUUUUAUUUUAAAAAUAGAAUUUAUAUUCCUCCCAUUCUUAGGAAUAAAUUACUUAAGAUGGUUCAUGAUUCCCCCCUAGCUGGACAUCCUGGAAUAAAGAAAACACUUGAACUAACUUCACGAUAUUAUUGGUGGCCUCGCCAGGAUAGAACCAUUGCAUUAUAUGUCAAAACAUGUCCUAUCUGUCAAAGGUCUAAACCAGAACAUAAUCAACCUUUUGGAUUACUACUUAACUUACCUAUUCCAGAAAAACCUUGGCAAUCCAUUUCUAUGGAUUUUAUCGUUGAUCUUCCACCUUCUCAACAUUUCACCACUAUUCUUGUCGUUGUGGAUCGCUUCACAAAAAUGUCCCAUUUCAUUUCUUUAAAAAAAUUACCCUCCUCUGUAGAAUUGUCUAAGGUCUUUAUUGACAAUAUUGUGAAACUUCAUGGUCUUCCUGAAGAAAUUAUUUCUGAUAGGGGGACACAAUUUACCUCCAAAUUCUGGAAAGAGAUGUGUCUCUCCCUUCAAAUUCAACGCAAACUCUCUUCCGCUUAUCAUCCCCAAACUAAUGGGCAAACAGAAAGGGUUAACCAAUGUUUGGAACAAUAUCUUCGAUGUUAUUGUUCAUACCUCCAAGAUGACUGGACCACAUGGUUACCUAUGGCCGAAUUUUCUUACAAUAAUACCAUUCAUUCUAGUACGAAAAUGACUCCUUUCUUCUCCAACUAUGGUUUUCAUCCGUCUUCAUUCCCCAUCCAAACCAUUACUUCAUCCAAUCCUACUGUUACAUCAAAAAAUGAAUUUAUGUCUUCUCUAUUUUUCAAAUUACGGGAGAAUCUUCAACUCGCCCAAAAUAACCAGAAAAAGUUUUUUGACAAUAAUAGAAGAAUUCCCCCUCCUUACAAGGUAGGGGAUCUUGUCUGGCUCUCUUCAAGGAAUAUUACCACAAGCCGUCCUUCAAAGAAAUUGAGCUCUCUUUUUCUUGGUCCCUUUCAAGUAAUUACUAUCAUUAAUGAUAACGUUGUUAAACUAAAACUUCCUCCAAGUUUUAAACUUCAUCCAGUAUUCCAUGUCUCCUUACUUAAACCACACAUCCCUGAUCCUUUUUAUAGGGAAAUAGUAACAACUCCUGAACCUAUCAUUGUCCAAGGUGAAGAAGAAUAUGAAAUUCACAAAAUUUUGGAUUCUCGUGUCCACCGUGGCUCCUUACAAUACCUUAUCAGAUGGAAAGGUUAUGGAGUUGAUGAAGACACUUGGGAAGAUUCAUCUAAUGUACAUGCUAGGAGGUUAGUUACUGCCUUUCACAAACGCUAUCCCUCCAAACCGAAAUAGUGCACCCAGAGGAUGCCCCAUGAGAAGGGGGUACUGUCAGGUAUAGCAUGGCAUGUAAUUUAUCGCCGGAACCCACUUCCGGGUUCACGGCGCUCAGCCCCGCCCCUUUCUCUGACGCGGUCCCUCCACGAUACUUAGGAGGACCGCGCCAGAUUCAAAGGGCUGAAUUAUUCGCACAGGUGCUGCAUGAAGAUCAGCUGCUCUACUUCUGAUCCUACCUGCUCCACUUCUAUACCUCGGCUAGUAAACGGAUUUCUACCUUCUCCACUUCUCGACCUCGGCUUGUAAACGGAUUUCUACCUUCUCCACUUCUCGACCUCGGCUUGUAAACGGAUUUCUACCUUCUCCACUCCUAGACCUCGGCUUGUAACUCUGAAUUCUACCUUCUCCACUCCCAGACCUCGGCUUGUUAAAACGGACUUCCCCACUCUCCACUCCUAGUUCUCAGCUUGUUGAAACGGACUUCUAAUUUCUCCUUCAUUGGGUGAAUUAACCCUUCCAGUGCCAGAACUACCUUUAAGUUAAGUAAUACUUUUACCAAACAAGUCAAUUACUAUUAUUUUUAUUACACAGUAUCUAAAACUCACUAAAGUGUCACUUUGUCUAAUUAUUCCUCUUACUCAUAAGGGAUUGCUACAAAGCCUAAUUUUACCUACAUGGAUAUUUAAAGGUACAGUGACCAUAGUUUCAUACAAAUAUAAAAGGAGGUGAACCUUAUUGUUGUUGCAACCAAGAAAUGCUGCAGUUGAGUUCCAGUUAAAGAAAUAUUACAAAAUAAGUAUUACAGUGGGUUGCAGUGCGUGUAUGUGAGGGGUGCUGUGUGUGUGUGAGUGGUGCUGUUUGAGGGGUGAGGGGUGCUGUAUAUGUGUGUGUGAGGGUGGCAGAGAGUGAAGGGUGCUGUGUGUCAGAGGUGUUGUGUGUGUGAGAGGUGAGGUGUGUGUGAGGGGUGCUGUGUGUAAGUGAGGAGUGCAGAGUGUGAGGGGUGGUGUGUGUGGGGGUUGCAGAGUGUGAGGGGUGUUGUGUGUGAGUGUGAUGGGUGGUGUGUGGGGGGGUUGCAGAGUGUGAGGGGUGUUGUGUGUGAGUGCUGUGUAUUAGCGGUGCUGUGCGUGGGGGGGUUUGCAGUGCGUGUAUUUGAGGGGUGCUGUGUGUGAGGGGUGCUGUGUGUGAGGGGUGCUGUGUGUGAGGGGUGCUGUGUGUGGGGGGGUGCGGUGUGUCUGUGUGUGAGGGGUGCUUUGAUGUGAGGGGUGCUUUGAUGUGAGGGGUGCUCUAUGUGUGUUAGGGUUGCAGAGUGUGAGAGGUGCGGUGUGCCCUGGUGGUCCGGUGGUAUUAUAUCUCAACAGCAUGCAGCUCCUCUGGCUGCAGGCUAUCUUCACUCCUUCCGCAAGCAGAAUGUUGUGUAGGAGUGUUGCCAUGGCAACGUGUGGCAACGUUCCACACAGCAUGUUCAUGGGAGGAACUGCCUUCCAGGUCCCUCCUCCAUCUCUCUCUAACGAAGGGCCGGUGAGGGAGAUAUUUGAUCUUUGAUCUUCCCACCUGCCCGAGAGGGCCCACAGGAAGAAAACUUAGCCAGGUCUCUAUGGACCAGCAGGGGAGAUCAAAGGAUCUCACCUGUUGGCCUGGGCACAUGGGCAGUCUAGGUGAUAAGCUGUCACUAUUAAUAGCUGGUAUUUAUACGUGGCUGCUAUUUACCAACUCGGAUUGGCGUUAUUUCAUCGCCAGUAAUGUCCCAAAGAUACCAACAAAUCUCAAGUUAGUCACUCGCUGGUACAGGACAGAAACACACGCUGUGUAAACUGUCACCACAGCAGCCACACCUUUGCCUCAAAUUAAUUUUGUUGUAUAAGCUUUCAAAAUGAUUUCAUAUUUUUCAAUCAAAUUUUAAAAUUAUUGUCUCAACAUAUUAAAAUAUCAAAAUAUAUAUAUAUUUAAAAAAUAUACAGUAUUACUAUAUCAAAUUUUUAAAAAAUAUUACAAAUGUUAAUGGGAAAGCAUUGGAUUGGCUGAGAUGAUCAAGUUUGAUGAUCUCAGCCAAAGUUAAGAGCACACUCCUAGAACUUCGAAAUAAACAACAUAACAUAAUUGUUUACAAUUGUGUAACAGCAUACAUUCACCAUUUCAGUCCCAUUACCAAACUUUCCUUAAUAUGUCAAGGUAGUUGGACUGAAACGUUGGUUAUAUGCAAUUGCGCGUCUUCUUAAAAUAAAUUCACUAUUUUCUUUAUUUUGAAGCCCUAUGAGUGCUUUCUUUUACGUCUGAGUAAUAGUUUUUUAGUUUUCAAUUUUAAUUCAUCUUUUCUGCCUCUAUAUCUGAACAUGAUUCUGGCACGACGCAUUAUUGGGCUUGUAUAGAAUUUUUUUCCAGUAAUGCUUUUUGUUUCAAGUCCGGCCCUUUUUCUGUUUAUUAGCACUAUUGAGUCAAUGAAAACCAACAAUAACAUAUUUUUCUGAAAGGUUAGUGGGCGAUUUGAGGCACGGAAGGAGGAGGGACAUGCGUUUGCGCUGGAUUGCCAUAUUAUCACUGCCCAAUCACACAGACUCACUUAGUAGUAACAUUCUUAUUCUUGACAGAAUGUUUCCACCAACGGCACAGAAUCAAAGCCAUCACCAGCCUCUCCAGUUAAAGAACCUGAAAAAAGCCAGUCAGAAACCCAAGAGGAGAAGAGAGGCCAUGGACAGAACCACCACAAGAGCCGUGGGCCUAGCAGAUAUUCUGAGAGCCACGAGCAUAGCCACCCAAUCAGUAAUCAGGGUAAUAACGCACACAGCCAGCCGGCAACUGGACAGCAGGACAAAAGGGGCUUAUUCUCCAAAAAGACCAGCAAUGUUUAGUCUUCAUUCUUUGUUAGCCAUCCCAAUCAGCAGGUGGCAGCACUGAUACAUUGUCUACAGUAUUUCCUUUCUGUCUGCAUUUUAAUGGUGAGCUUCUCUGGUUUAAUUCAAAUAAACAUGUUUCUGUUUGUGCUUUAUUGUCUGUGAACCCGUUCCUUCUGAAACAGAUCAUUUCUUAUAACAUGCAUUGCCUUACUGAUUAAAGGGACGCUAAAAGCACCCUCACAAUAUUAAUGCACAAAUAAAGUAUUAAAAAGUACAAAAGUUCACGAUGUGUCUGCGUUCGCUGGUAAUUACGCGUGUGAGAAGUUCUUAUUAGACUAGAAAGUGGCUCAAACUCCUACAAUUCUGAGGUUCCCAUUAUUUUCGGAGAAGGAAUAGUUCCAGUUUCUUUCUGCCAAAGUUUAAUACCCCAAGACGGGUACUUCAGUCUGCUUAAAGCGAG